AUGAAUUAUUUAAAUAUUUUGAAGUAAUUUUAUUACUAUAAAUAGAUAUAUAACAAAAAAAGGUAAGUAAUAGAGGGGGGUGAGAGAAAGAAAGUAAUUGCCUAUGUACAGUAAAAUCACAAAGAAAACAAUAACAUUAUUUAUGAACCUUAUACAUUCGAUGUUAUGA